UCUGAAUAAUUUAAAUAAUGUACCGUUUUGUUAUAAUUUUAUAAUACAUAGAAAUCAAAUAACAGAAAUUAUUUGUCUAACAGCUUUAUACUUCGAGUUACUAUUAAUAGAUGUCACUGGCUGGACUUUUCCCACCCUUUUUUAUUUUUUAAUCAACUAGUGAUGAAAAUUUUUAAUUUUCAAAAAUGUUUUACAUCGGUUUUUAUUGCGACAUGCAAAUGUAAAUUUUAUCAAAUAUUCAUAUUUAAAUAACAAAUUUUGAACCAAAUUAUGAUAUGACACUUCUUACAAAGUAAACAAUGCUUUAGCAAUAAUUAGCUUUGAUAAGAAACACAGAAAACAAGAGCUGCUUUUUUUUUCAUAAUACGACCGUAUUAAAAAACGCACGUUUUCAGAAAGAUGGUCAUUUUUAGAAAACUUCUAAAUAAAUUUCCUUCAAAUAUAAAUUUUAUACGGAACAAAUCUUAUAUUAGGAUAGUAGAAGUUGGCCCUCGGGAUGGAUUACAGAAUGAACCCAUCAAUAUUCCAACAAACAUUAAAAUUGAGUUAAUUAACAGACUUUCAGAAACGGGUCUCAAAAACAUAGAAGUUACAAGUUUUGUAAGCCCUAAGUGGGUACCUCAGAUGGCUGACAAUGAAGAAGUGUUUAAAGGAAUUGUAAAAAAAGAUGAUAUCUCAUAUCCAGUAUUAGUACCAAAUUUAAUAGGCUUAAAUUCUGCACUUGAUGCUGGUGUAAAAGAAAUUGCUGUCUUUUUAUCAGCAUCCGAAGGGUUUUCAAAGAAAAAUACAAACUGUUCUAUCGAAGAAGGAAUUUCUCGAGUAAAACCCGUAAUUAGUAAAGCCUUAGAAAAUAAAAUAAAAGUAAGGGGCUACGUUUCUUGUAUAGUAGGCUGUCCUUACGAUGGCCAUAUAAAACCUUCAGCAGUGAGCAAAGUUGUAGAAGCGUUAUUAUCUCUAGGCUGCUAUGAAAUUUCGCUCGGCGAUACUAUAGGAAUUGGAACAAAAAUAACAAUAGAAAAUAUGCUGUAUGACUUGCUGAGCUUUACUACUCCAGAUAAAUUAGCUAUCCACUGCCAUGAUACUUACGGCCAAGGACUAGUUAAUAUUUAUACAGCAAUAGAGAGAGGAAUUACAGUUGUAGAUGCUUCUGUUGCUGGUCUUGGAGGUUGUCCCUAUGCAAAAGGAGCUACUGGUAAUGUGUCUACAGAAGAUUUAGUAUACAUGCUACACGGGUUAGGUGCUGAAACGGGAGUUAACUUGGAUAAACUUAUACGUACUGGAAGAUAUAUAUCUGACUUCCUAGGUCGACCACCAGUAUCCAAAGUUAAUAAUGCGUUAUAUUCAAGAUUAACUUAGCUCUGUUGUACUUAUCAAAUUCAACAAGAUAUCUACGAUAAUACCUUUUAGUUGGCAAAAUAACGUAUAACUAAAAUAACUGUUAUUUUGUAUCUUAAUAAGUAUAACUGUUAUCUGUAUAAGUCUAUAGUAUCUGUUAUUAAAUAUUAAAUUAUAAGUGUUAUUAUGUUACUGUUAUUUGUGUAAGUUUAGUAACAUGUGAAAAGUUCAUCCUAAACAUAUAUUAAUCAAGUAUUUUUGCUGUAAGUUAACAUAUAAGUAGUAAUUUAUUAUCUAUUAUUAUAUACAUAUUAACUAUGAAAGCAUUAGUAUAUGAGAUCACAAUAAUUUCUAAACUGCAACUUAAAUAAAUCUUGAAUGCUA